AUGCUCCGCCGCAACCCCACCGCCAUCACCAUCACCUCCGAAGACAUCGCAUCCUUCGAAGAAGCAUAUCUCCGCCGCCUCGCGUACGCCAAGUAUCUCAAGACGGGCGAAGACCCGGACGGACUGUUCCGCAAUGAACAACAACAACAACAACAACAACAGGAACAACAGCGGCCAGGCGAAGCAAGAGGCAGCAGCAGAGCAACAUCAGGAGGAGUCGGAGUCGUCGAUCCCAAUGACGAGUUGAAGCCUCUGCCGGGAGAUAAGGCGCGCAUCGUGCGCAGUCGGGAAGAGCGCAUUAUUGGUAUAGGCGCUGCCGGAGGUGGUGGUUCGAGAUGA